AUGUUUGUCUUUUUCGCUACAGGUUUUCGUGCAACCCCUUCUUGUCUCCCCAAUUAUAUUCCGUUCAUUUUUGAUAUCCAUGUUUUGCUUAACGUUCUAUUCCAGGUCGAUGAGGAAGGGACUACCGCAGCGGCUGCCACACAUUUUCAAGUUCGCACGAAGGCACGUCCAAGUAUGAUACUGGAGCCUAAGCUGUUUAUAGCAGACCAUCCGUUCAUAUUCAUCCUUACAAAAGACCACAAUCCUCUGUUUAUCGGUCAAUUUGCAUAA